UUAUGAAAUCCUAGAAAGAUGCAACGGAUGUCGGCAGGGAUGAUAGCUGUUGAGAACACAGACAAUGGUCAGCAUUCCGUCAUCAGCACCUUAUCCAAGCAUUGGCAUCGAGAUUACUGGCCCGUGACCGACCUACGUCGCCACGCAUCCGUCCCCUCAUAAAAGCACGACACCAGAAGCCGUUGCUCAGGUUGUCGUCGCUCUUUCAGUUCGUAGUCAUCGGCAGCUCGCCUACCAAAACACACCUGAAUGCACAAAAGCCGAUUUUGACAGCACCAUGUGUGUCACAUCACCGACCGCGGAUCCCCAUCCAGUAACGACGAACGUGGGCGUCGGGCAGUGCGCAGGAACAGCAGCGGGAGGGGCCGAGAUCCAUGGCCACGCCCCGCAUAAGACUCUCGUCCCGGCCGCGAUCGCAGCGGCAGCAGAGGGCGGCGACGACCCCACCGCGUCCUUCGACCUGCUCUUUGCCACGGGCAGCGGCGACUACAAGCCGUGCGAGGAUAUGCAGAUGGUGAUGCAGGAGUUUGUGGCGGACCCGGAGCGGCGGGGGUCCGUGGCGCAUUUACGGGAGGAAUAGGGGGACGAC